AUGGAUGUCAAGGCGGCCCCCAACGGGGUAGCCACCAUCGAAGACCGGAUUCUGAGGAUCACCGGCUACUAUGGCUAUUACCCCGGUUACUCCAGUCAGAAAAGUACCUCGAGAUCAUCAGUCACUCGAUGUAAACCAGGAGCCAACUGCCCCAGUUCACUCAGUGGCAUCAGUAGACAGCUGUCCCCUUUAUCUGUCACCGAAGAUUCUUCUGCUCCUAUUCUUGAACUCCAAAGUCGAGGAUCCUCUGGAGUUUGUGGACAUAGAGUCGAGAGACAGAACAGAUCAGGGGAUGAUGGGACACAGACUACUCAUCCUGAGAACAACAGCCAAGAAAACAGAAUCAGAGCCCGCUGCCAGUCAUGCACAUCCAUGGUUCUGAAGGCCAUCUGGGGACUCUUGAUCAUCUUGUCAGUGUCAUCAUCCUGGGUUGGAACCACACAGAUUGUAAAAAUUACUUAUAAGAACUUCUACUGUCCAUUUUUCAUGACUUGGUUUUCAACAAACUGGAACAUUAUGUUUUUCCCAGUCUACUAUUCUGGUCAUCUGGCUACUGCUCAAGAAAAGCAGUCUCCAAUGAAAAAAUUCAGAGAAUGCAGUCGGAUUUUUGGUGAAGAUGGUCUAACAUUGAAGCUGUUUCUUAAAAGAACUGCUCCUUUUUCUAUUCUAUGGACUUUGACUAAUUACCUGUAUUUACUGGCUUUAAAGAAGCUGACGGCCACAGAUGUCUCCGCUCUCUUCUGUUGUAACAAAGCCUUUGUCUUCCUGCUGUCGUGGAUUGUGCUGAAAGACAGGUUCAUGGGAGUGAGGAUAGUUGCUGCAAUAAUGGCAAUCACCGGCAUCGUCAUGAUGGCCUAUGCAGAUAAUUUCCACGCCGAUUCAAUCAUAGGAGUGGCAUUUGCAGUGGGCUCAGCCUCGACAUCUGCAUUAUAUAAGGUUUUGUUUAAGAUGUUUCUUGGAAGUGCUAACUUUGGUGAAGCAGCUCACUUUGUCUCUACCUUGGGUUUCUUCAAUUUAAUCUUCAUCUCCUUCACCCCGGUCAUCCUGUAUUUCACCAAGGUGGAGCACUGGUCCUCGUUUGCAGCUCUGCCAUGGGGCUGUCUAUGUGGAAUGGCAGGGCUGUGGCUGGCCUUCAACAUCCUGGUGAAUGUCGGCGUGGUGCUGACAUACCCAAUCCUAAUCUCCAUUGGGACAGUGCUCAGCAUUCCUGGAAAUGCAGCUGUGGAUCUCCUGAAGCAGGAGGUGAUAUUCAAUGUUGUCCGCCUGGCUGCUACCAUCAUUAUCUGCAUUGGGUUUCUGCUGAUGUUAUUGCCUGAGGAGUGGGAUGAAAUUACCCUGAGAUUCAUCAACAGCCUGAAGGAGAAGAAAAGUGAGGAACAUGUGGAUGACAUCACUGACUCCAGUGUACAUCUGAGAACCAGAAGCAGGGCCAAUGGGACAGUGUCUAUUCCACUGGCUUGA